UUACAACUUCCUGUAACUUUGGACCCAAUUAUCUAUAUUUCACUUUGCCACUUUUUGCACUCUGAUCCUCAACGUUUUUUUUUUCAUUUGUUCGCGAUCUUCUUAUCAGAAACUUGAUUAUAUGUUUGAGUUCUCCAUAACAAAUAUUAUUAUAUUAAUAGACAUUUGCCGGCCACUUUUAUUUGCGUUUGAUCUAAAAGUAUCUCCACCAGUUUUUUCUAGCGGGAGUCUAGUCAAGGCACAUAACACAUGGCUUCUCUUCUUUUCUGUCUUUACCGUCUGUCCAUACCCAAAAGCCGGAGAGUGAUAAGCGACACGAACACAGUCAUCUCUGAAGAGGUCACGAAAAGCUGCUGCAGUACCGCCGCGCUCCUGUGCUUAUCAAUUGCGCGGUUUCCCUCGCUUUUUGUCUUUGUUUCUCAGUUUCCUCUCUGAUUUGUCUUUAUCAUUCGAGUUUGACAACUAGCGGAAAGUUUGCAAAGCGUCCCUAAUGCUCUGAGUGGGCUUCUCCUGGAAAAAGGUUCGAAAGUUCUAAAAAUGGAAGGUUCUUUUGCAUGGGCGUGCAAUGUGCUUUUAUUACUGCAUCAAUUUCGGAAAAAAAUUUGAAAAUGUCAAAAUUAUUUUAAACUUAUCAAUUCUAAAAUCAAUUUCCAAAUUUACAAAUGUUUAGAAGGUGCUAAAACCCACAGUACAGAAGAAAACAUCCUGAUAAUUCAAUCAGACCAGCUGAAAAACGUGCACAGACGGAACGAAUUCACAAACGGCUGGAUCUAAAUAGAAGUCUCAUUUUCCAAAUAUUAAUUUCUGCUAAUUAUUAUUAUUAAUUUUUCGUGUUACACGGUAUUGCCACGUAACUACGUGAAAAUGCCCAUUCGAGUAUAAAUGAGCGUUUCUCACUGUUUUAAAUUUAUUCCCGAUUUUACUUUGCCAUUUCGUUACAGCGGACAAUUUCUGUUCAAUUCGAAGCAAUGGGAUACGUUGAAAGUUUUUAUUUGGAGCCUGAAGCUACUCAAAUGUUUGGGAUGACUGAGAGUAACGAUCUUCCACCGCUUGAAAAUCUCCAAGAGCUCGCAUCUGUGAUUGAUGUUAACAUCAAAGAGCCACUUGUUUCGGAUUACUGUGGUUUGGAGUCUGACGACAUUCCACCAAUCUACCGUGCUCAGCUUCGUGCAGCUCAGAAGGAGAAGAUCAUUGCAGCCGAACAAGCAGACAAAUCUUUCUAUGCUUACGAAAAGUCUGAUGCUAAUUUGGAGGGAGAUAAGAAAGAAGUGGAAGCCAUCGCACCGGUGGAUUCAAUGAACUUUGAGUACUACGUCCCGGGUUUCUCUCCGCCGCCACAGAAUUUUAACGAUGACGUUCAAAAAAUGAGCAACUUCCAGCUUCCUAAAAUGACAUCGAUUGAAGCUACUGAGAACGUUUUCAAAAUUAAUGGAGCACACGAAAAGUCUCAAUACGUGUUGAUGGAAAAUGAGGACCCGAAUAAAGUGAAUAGCCCAAAAAAGACCGGACUGGAAAGCUUGAUUUCAUACACUGCAUCGGAUGUUACUUCUACAAUUGCCUCUGAAUCCUCCUGCCUUACCGCUACGCUUGGUCCAGCUUUUGGCUGCCUUCCGAUCACAAGCACGUAUGAUCGCCACUCCGAGAGCAAGUACAAAGGAUUGAGUGCUUUCCGUCCAGUCACCAAAUCAAUUGAAUCGCAAUACGCAAUGCCGGAGCUCAAUUAGGUGUUUCCCAAUGUGAAAUGAAUCUCAAAAUCUGUCGAUAUGAAAUGAAGAAUUUUUGUAUUUCUU